AUGCCGACAGCGAGAUCCGCCAGUUAUUCGGGGGAGCUGUUCGCGCUGAAGGCUAUUCUCGAGCAGAUGCAAGCAGACCAUAGCGAUGAAAAGGGAGUUCAAGCGGGGGCGUCGUCAUCGUCGUUUCAAGAUGCAUUGCUCAAGGCGAAUACCGUCCUGGAGGAGAUUCUGGAUGAUCUGCAGAGAAGGACGACGAGGCAGUCGCGGUUGGCGAAGUUAGGGUGGCCGAGUAAGAAGGGGGAUCUGGAGGGGAGUAUUGCCCAGUUGGAGAGGUUGAAGACGUAUUUUAUCUUGGUGAUUUUGAAUGAUCGAUCGUGCGUCCUAACAUCUCUGAUAUAUUGCCCAUGUCUCAUGAUUGAAGAGAAAACGAACGAGAAGACCAAGACUUGGAUAUGUGCCGUUGACUUUGGAUCGAUGCAUCGCAAGGCUCGAUCGCUCUGUCAGCCGGGGACUGGAGCUUGGUUUAUUCAAGGACCUCUCCGGUCGUGGAUUGCACCGGAGGGCAAGUGCCGAAUGCUGUCCCUAGAGGGGAAAUCGGGAUCAGGAAAGACUGUCCUAUGCUCGACGGCAAUUGAGGCUGUCAAAGAUGCUAUCGCCACGCGCACCUCCAGCCAGGUGAUAUACUACUACUGCUCAUUCCACUUGACUACCUCGCAGGAGCUGGUCUACCUGCUGGGAGCAUUGCUGGUGCAACUAUCAGAAAGCUACCCAGAAAUCCUCGACGAAUUGCAAGAGAGCUUCAAGAGACGUGCUAUCCCUCAGCCAGAUGAACUGGUUAGCCUGCUUCUGAAAUUCACGAAACCACUGUCGGAGCUGUUCAUCGUCGUGGAUGCGAUCAACGAGAGCCGUAAAAGUGCACAGAUUCUGGACGCACUGCUCACCCUUCUGGAAUCAUCACACAACAUUCGGAUUAUGGUUACGAGCACGACCUUACCACCAGUGUCGAAUCCCACCAUUAAUAUCCUCAGGCUCUUCAACGGCUACCGGAACACAUCAAGUGUCGCAUUAAGACUUGUCUUGCUUGAGAAAGCAGGUGGAAUGUUUCGAUACGUGCAAUGUCAAAUAGAGCCUUUAGCCGCCCAGAAAACAGGCCGGGACGUCAUUCUCGCUUUAGACAGGAUGCCGGAAAGCCUGCACGGCACGUACGAAACUAUCCUCUGUCGAAUCCCUUCGUACGACCGCGAAAUUGCAAGAGAAACACUCCUCUGGCUGAGUUCAGGCUACCAGGAGAUUACAUUGGCCGAGCUCAGCGAGGCAGUUAUUCUGACGAAAGGUGACAAGAGCAUUGAUGACGACUGCAGACUUUUUGAUCCACAGGUCAUUCUCUCCAUCUGCCAAGGGCUGAUUGUCUACGAUGAGCGGACUACAUUCGUUGCUCUAGCGCAUUCGUCAGUCAAAGCGUUCCUCACAUCGGACGCAAUCAAACACGGGCCAGCAGCGUACUACAGCUUGGACGAGACCGAGGGGUUCACGGCGCAUCUGGCAAAAGUGCCUGACGUACCUGAUCCUUGCUCGGACUUGCGCUCUCUUACAAAGCGUCGGAAAACGUACCCGCUGCUCAAGUACGCCGCCGAGAACUGGGCGAGCCACUGCAGUCCGUCCUGGCCACCUGGCUAUCCUCUCGUUGAUGCCGAAAUCGACGGGAUUUUAUCCUUCUUCGAUACCCGGCAUCUCCCUGGCGGGGGAAACUAUACAUCCUGGACCCAGAUGCUGCUGUCCGAGGCGCCCGCCGAACAAGCCCGUCGCACGGAGCCACUAUACUACGCUGCCUCGUACGGCAUCAUACCCCUUGUUGACCGUCUCAUCCAGUCCGGAGCGAACGUCAACGCAGCCGGCGGGCGUAACGACGCAACGCCCCUCAUCGUCGCCUGUUUCAGGGGACAGGAAGCUACCGUGCAGCGAUUGUUAGAAGCAGGGGCAGACCCUAUCAUCCAGGAUGCAGCGGAGAUGUGCAGCCUGGAAUGGGCAGUGCGGAGGCAACAUCGUGGUACUGUUGAGAUCCUCCUAUCGCACAUGCGUAAAUCCAUGGGAAUCGGUUCAUCGGAUCUCUGUUGGCAGUGUCGGGCUUGCAAGUAUUAG